CAUCUUGAAUUUAGUAUUGUGCCAGUCGGGGGGGUGGUGACAUAUUUUAUUUAACCCGUCAUCACCAUAAUUUUGUGAAUUUGUUGAAAAAAGGAAAAUUAGUGCCGUGUCGAGGUGUGGAUAGUUUAUGUCAGUACUGAACGUGAAAAUGGCGGGUCAGACUAUAAACGAUAGGCUUUUAGCUGCACGCCACAGUAUAGCCGGGCAAGGAUUAGCAAAAUCGGUAUGCAAAGCCACUACGGAAGAAAUGAUCGCACCCAAAAAGAAACAUUUAGAUUAUCUAGUCCACUGCACAAACGAGCCAAAUGUCUCGAUACCGCAGCUCGCCAACUUGCUCGUCGAGCGAACACAGAACACCAAUUGGGUGGUGGUGUAUAAAGCACUCAUCACCGUACAUCAUCUACUGGCAUAUGGGAAUGAGAGGUUCACACAAUAUCUAGCAUCAAGUAAUUCAACGUUUCAACUAAGUAAUUUUCUAGAUAAAAGCGGAGUUCAAGGCGCGGCCGGUGCGCGGAUCGGCUAUGACAUGUCGCCAUUCAUCCGGCGUUAUGCCAACUACAUGAAUGAGAAGGCUCUGUCUUACCGGACGGUCGCUUUUGACUUCUGCAAAGUCAAAAGGGGGAAGGAGGAAGGCUCUCUUCGUAUGAUGAACGCGGAGAAGCUGCUAAAAACGUUGCCAGUCCUGCAGGCACAGCUGGACGCGCUGCUGGAGUUCGACUGCAACGCCAACGACCUCACCAACGGGGUCAUCAACAUGUGCUUCAUGCUGCUCUUCAGAGAUCUCAUCAGAUUGUUCGCAUGCUACAACGAUGGCAUCAUCAACUUGCUGGAGAAAUACUUUGACAUGAACAAGAAAAACUGCCGCGACGCUCUCGAUCUCUAUAAGAAGUUCCUCAUCAGAAUGGAUAGGGUCGGAGAGUUCCUCAAGGUGGCAGAGAACGUGGGCAUAGACAAGGGUGACAUUCCGGAUCUCACGAAGGCGCCGAGCAGCUUGUUAGACGCGCUCGAAGGACAUUUAAACACACUGGAGGGCAAGAAAGGCUCCGCCGCAAACACUCCCACGCAGACCGCCAGUGCCCAAAAGAACGUGGCCUCCGUUAUGGGAGCGCUAUCAUCCACGUCCUCAUCGUUCGGGAACGUAGCGGCCUCGUCGCGACUCGACAAGGCAUCAAACGGCGCAGGCCUCUUCAUAGACGACCCGCUGGCUCAGCAGGCGCUGGCAGAGGAGGAAGCUGCCAUGAAUCAGUACAAGAACAAAGUUCAGUCUCCGACGAACGCGGCAAACAACCCGUUCCUCUCGUCCGCACCGCCCGCCAACCAGAACCAGUCCAUCGUGGAUCUGUUCGGGCCCACGCCGGCAGACGGCGCCAGCGCCGCCAACAAAGCCUCGGACGAUUUGCUGUCGCUUGGCAACCCGUUUGCUGACAUGUUUGGAGCGGGCCCACAACCGGCGCCGGUGUGGCCCCAGCAACCGACCAACGGUUUCACGCCGUUCCCGCCGCAGCAGAACAACACUUUCGUCUCUGAGGCUAACUUCUCUAACGUUUUCAAUAACACUGAUACCACAGCUGCCGCGGCAAACCCAUUCAUGGGUAUGGGAGACCCCACUCAACCCAUCUCCGCCUCCCCCGCGCGCCCGCCGCCGCCGGCACAUCCCCCCCAACCCAAAUCCGCGUUCGACGAUCUCGAAGACGUCAUGCGCAUGUCCCUGGGGGGUUCCCCCGCCAAAUCCCAACCGAUAACGCAACAGCCGCAGCCGAUGGCGGCCGCGCCGCCCUUCGACGGCAUGGCCAUGGGCGCGCCGCAGCCGAUGAUGUUCGGCUCGCCCGCCAGGCAGCCGAUGGUGCCGAUGUCAGCUAUGGCAGGUCAACAGCAGCAUCAGCAACCCAAUAAAGUGUUGACGGGCGACCUGGACUCGUCACUCGCCUCCUUGGCCAACAACCUUACCAUCAACAAAUCCGCCGCGGCACCGAAGCCGAUGCAGUGGAACUCGCCAAAGAACGGAUCGAAGCCGGGCGCCGCGUGGAGCCCCCAGCCCAUGCAGGCCACUACCGGCGCGGGAUACCGCCCAAUGGGUCCAGGCAUGAACCUCCCGCCCAUGCCCCAUACUUUGCCCCAUACAUACCACCCCCCGCAUUACGUAAUGCAACAGCCAGGCAUGGUAAUGGGCAUGCCCGGGGCGCCGAUGCCGGCCAUGGCCAUGGGGCCACCCAUGCGACCGCAGUUUCCACCCCAGCCAACCAACCAGUUUAGCUAAACAUGCUUAUUGUACUAGCGUUGUUAUAUCGCGUUUUCUAUGUAGUAUCUUAGCGGAACUAUAUAGCUCCAGUGACUAUUCUAAAACUAAAUCUGUUGGAGACCUAAUAAGACUUAUUUUUUAUUAUUUCACUUGCUAUCUUACAACAGUAAAUUGCAUAAGGCGGGGACACAUUGUAAUAUAAUGUCGCCAGACAUCACAAAAAAUGGAUCUGAUGCCUCGAUCGAAUGUGUCAAACGUUACAGUGAAUAUACCAGUCAAAUAUAAUUUAUU